ACCUAAGUGAAGGCCCUGCCCUUUAGCCCCUGCGUAGAAUCACAGCAUCACACUGUGAGGUCACAGGGCUUCACACCAGCGAAGGUCGACGGAACGAGCAUCUCAGUGACGGAGGGGACCGGACGACGGACGAGACGUUGGCCACGGACGGCGACCACGGACCACCCUUCGGUCCUUCUUCUGAUUUCCGGCGUCAUCUUCAGUGCGACAGUACUCCCAUUUCUAGACUCCAGUUGGAUAGGUUGUUUGACAAACAAUCGCUAUGCUACGAUAUUAUGCACCGAUACCUAAAGAGACGAGCAUUGGUGGUUCUUCAUCGAAUAAUUUAGUUUCUUCGUCAGUUAAUGUCACUCCUAACAAUGAAAAUAAUGGUGAAAAGGCUCGAAUAGAAGUUGAAUUGUCGGAUGAUGACAUUACGAGUGAUCCUGGAUUGCGUAAACAGAUUGACACUUAUGAUGUUAACAUUAGAGACGAGAUGAGGAGACAUUGUUUGACAAAAGGUCCUUGCCAACCACGUGGGAUGAAAUUUCCACAGACUGAAUUUAGUGGGCACAAUCGAUCAUUUCAAAAGCAUUGGUUUGAAGAAUUUAAUUAAUUGGUUGGAAUAUAGUGUUGUCAAGGAUGCAGCAUUCUGCCAUUUGUGCUAUUUGUUUGCUAGAGGUCAUAAAAAUGGGGAUGAUGUUUUUACUGAAGUUGGGUUUAAUAACUGGAAGAAAGCUAAGGAAAGAUUCCGUAAGCACGAAGGAGGAGGCAUACAUCUUUAUGCAAAAAUUCAACAAUCCGGGUUUCAAAACCAAAAGCAAAAUGUAGAUUAUUUAUUAUCGCAGCAAACCAAGAAAGAUGAGAAUUGCGCAACAAGAUUGGAGAAGAACACUUGACAGAUUGCUUGAUGUGUUCCAUUAGGAAAGAUGUUUUUGUUAAAAUGGAGAAUGAUGUCAUUAUGAGGUGAUUUCUGAGUAUGGCACCUCAAAGACAAAGAUUGCCGCCUCUCACUUACUCUCAUUUAUUUGAUGCAUCAGAUUCUAAUCAAAACUAAGGUACUCUUUAAUUAGUUGUUGUGUUUAAAUUUUAUUGAAUUAUGUAUUGCUAUAUUCGGGAUAUAUAUGAUUUUUGUGCUAAUGUCCCCCCAAAUCACGAGUUCUGGUUGGUGCAAACGUCAUAUGUUUCUAACCAUAGAUGACAUUACAUAUUAUUUACGUCAUGAACCCUUAGGUUAUGUUUCAGGAAGAGGAAGGAUAUUGACUAUGAAGGCAUUAUUGUGAACAAUUAUACUCUUUGGCUGCGAAAUCCCUCAUGAACAUAAUCAUAGUUGUCGAUGGCGUCAAAUGGCGCGCGCGCCAUGCGCCAUGAGGCACAGUUGUAACCCCUGCGCUACGGAAAAGAGCUGUGGCGAGGCAAAUACACAUGGCGGCGCCAUUCUUGCGCCUUCGCCAUACCUGCGCCUUCGCCAUGGCGAUGCGACUGCCUUUUCUAAAAAAAGGCCGCGUCUUUGAGCUGUAAGUUGUGGCCUUUUGGCCCAUAAUUAUCUGCGACCAUUUAUAACCAUAAAACUGUAACAAAAACUUACUAUUUUUAGCCCAUAUUACUAACUACAACCCUAAAGUCAAUAAACACAACAAAGUCAAUAUCCGGAAGUUAAAGCUGCUCUGCGCAAGAAAGGGUAUGCGACAAACUACAGAAAGGCAAACGACAGAAAAGCUGCUCUACACAUGACUCUCAUUGACUUCUUCCAACUACACAAGAGGUAACCGAAGAGGCAGAGCCACAAAGGAUGUCUGUUGCCUUUGCUAAGGAGUUCUGUGAGAAAGUAAAAGAAAAAAACAACAAUGAAUUGCGCUGCACAUACUGCGGGCACGUGACUAAAGGUGGAAUUACAAGGUUUAAACAACACUUGACUGGGAAGCACCGCAACACAAAACAGUGUGAACUCAUUCCCGCUGAUAAGAGGGCUGAACUACAGGCGCUAGUCUUGAAAGAAUCUGCUGCUAACUCAGAAAAAAAUGUGUGUGAACAAACGUUUCGAAGUACAUAUACAGUACAGCAGUCUGGUGGGUCAAGUGCCAAUAGGGUGAAUGGAGAUGAUGACGUUGAGAUAACUGGUUCUCAGUCAAAUGCAGAGGGAGGUGGUGUGUCUGGGCCUAUGGAUAAGUUCGUAUAUCCAACAAAAAAACGUAAGAAGGAGGCAUUGACACAAUCAACAAUCCCAUCACACUUGAAGAAAAAAGAGAGGGAUGAAUAUGCUCAAAGCCUUUGUUUGUGGUUUUACAGGAACAACAUCUCCUUUAAUGUGGUUCAUGACCCUUUGCUGAAAGAAACACUAGAAAAGAUUGGCAGGUUUGGAGCCGGGUUUAAAGCACCAACGUAUCAUGAAGUGAGGGAGACGUUCUUGCAAAAAGAGGUAGCCAAAACAGAUCUGGUGGUCAGUGAGCACAAAAAAUUCUGGGAAUUAGAUGGCUACACUAUUAUGUCAGAUGGGUGGCAGGAUAAAAGGCACAGAACUCUAGUGAACUUGUGCGUGAAUUCUAGCAAGGGGACAGUGUUCAUGAAAGCCGUAGAUGCUUCAUCUUACAAGAAGACCGGAGAAGCACUUUUCAAGCUCUUUGAUGAGUGGAUUAAAGAAAUAGGUCCUCAAAGUGUGAUACAAGUUGUGACCGACAAUGCUAAAAAUUAUGGAUUAGCGAAGAGGAAAAUAGAACAAAGAUAUCCCCAUAUCUUCACAACGGGAUGUGCAACUCACUGUCUUGACCUUGUUCUAGAAGACUUUUCAAAGAAGAUGCCGAUAGUUAGAAGAACUGUGAAGACGGCACAAGGGAUUACUACCUACAUCUAUAGCCAUACCCUUGUUCACGACUUGAUGAAGGAAUUUACCAAGGGGAGAGAGCUAGUUAGACCUGCUGCCACUCGCUUUGCCACUAACUUUCUGACUCAUCAAAGUCUUCUCACGCAAAAACACGCAUUGAGGCAAAUGUUUGCUUCACCGAAAUGGUAUGAAAGUGAGUUUGCAAAAACUACAGAAGGUAAAUCUUGUUUUGAGUCGAUUUAUCGUCAAAGCUUUUGGAGAAUUGUUGCCUAUGUUAUGAAGAUUUCUUUGCCCGUAGUGAAGGUAUUGAGAAUUACUGAUGGAGAGGUGCCUCCAAUGGGCUUUAUUUAUGAGGCUAUGGAGAGAGCGAAAUUGGGAAUAAAAAACACAUUGGGAGGUAAAGAAGAGAAAUACAUGCCUCUUUGGAAGAUAAUAGAUAAACGUUGGAAUGAGAACCUGCAUUCUCCAUUACAUGCAGCGGGGUAUUAUCUCAAUCCUCAAUUCUUCUACCCUAAUUCACGGCGAAUCCUCGGAGAUGAAGAAGUAUGUGAUGGCUUUAUAAAGUGUGUGGAGAAGAUGUUGCCCACUAGCAUUGGAGAGAGUGUAGAGUUCUCAACUGAGAUAUCAAACUAUACAAAUGCUAGAGGAAGUUUCCGAACUAAUAUGGCAAUGAACAAUAGGGACAAACAACCACCGGUUGACUGGUGGCUUGCAAAUGGCUCCUCGUCUCCCACUUUGCAACAUCUUGUUGUUCGGAUCCUUAGUUUAACUUGCAGUGCUUCUGGAUGUGAACGAAACUGGAGUGGUUUUGAAAAUGUUCAAACCAAGAAAAGGACAAGGUUGCUGCCAAAAAAAAUGAAUGAUUUGGUAUACAUUCGGUAGAAUCAACGUCUUCAAGAUCAAGCUAUCAGAAAAAUGAAAAUAUGUUUGGAAGACAUUGAUGAUUGCAAUGAAUGGAUUGAUGAAGCUGCCGAUCAAAAUGAAAUGGAAAAUUGGGAUGUAGUGGAAGAAGUUGUUGGUGUUAAUGAAGCAAAUCACAUUACAAGAGCAACAACAACAAGAGCAUCAACACUUUAGUUGCACGACGAAGAGGAGAUGGAGGAGACAGCGGAGGCGGAGGAGACAGAUGAGGUUGAAGAUCCCUCUGAUGAUGAACUCAAUGAGGAUGAUGUGCCAUUGCUAUCAGAUUCAGACCAAGAGGAUGAGGAGUGGGAUGAUUGAUGAUGAUUAUGGCAUAAUCAUCAAACAAUAACAAGCUAACAAGCCUAAAUCCUAACAUAUUUUGCAU